GAGCUUUGCCUUCAAUCUGCGUCGAAGCGUCGCAGCAAACAGAAGCACGAAAAGUGUAGCGUAAAGACGGCAAAAUGUGUUAAUCAAAAGAAAAUGACAAGGGAACUAGAAAUAGUUAAAGGAGAAAAGUAAAGAAAAAUUUGCAGAAAUUCGCAUGCAAAAGUGGAAAAUUAUUGUUUAAAUAAGCAUUCGCCGCGUGUGACCACAAAUCUCAAUAGCCUGAAUCCAAAGUGUUCGCAAUGGCUGCUAUACAAUCUUCCGGCAGUCGACCCCGCGAGCGUCUUCUCUACGCCUUUCGUGGUUGGAUUGCGUUCGUCGCAUUUAUGGAUCUCGGAACAGCGUUCCGGAGCUACAUCGAGCGUCGUAGUUUCCUUGGCGAUCACAGCGAUACGCAGUUCAUUGAAGGUGAUUAUACCAUAUCACGCAUAAUUGGCAUGUACUGUCUUCUAAAGGCAAUCGCCCUGGUGCAUUGUACACUCUACAUACACUACAGACCUGUUGUCAGCAUGGGUGGUUGUUCCUUAGCUCUCACUAUGGUCUUCUAUGCUACUGAAGCACUCUACUUUCGUUCAAGUACUUUGAACUUCUACGUUAUCUUCCCAUGCGUUUUGAACACAAUAACUCUACUGGGCUUGAUCUAUAUACCGAAAAGACUUCGCCUCUGGGAACCCAAUAUGGACCUGGAUGACGAGAACUCUCAAUUAUUAAAGUCGAUGACGGGCUUUAAAAGGCGUCGUACGAAAAAGCAAUAAUUUAAGGUUUAAAUGAAUACAUCGAAGCAAUUGAAAAACAUUAACAUUUUGUAUGAGGAGAUUGAGACACAUAAAUCAGAUGUUGAAACGCAUAUUAAUCCAUUAUGGACUGCAGUGAUGUGAUUACAACCAUCAAAAAAAACCUUAAUUUAUUUACAUAGCAAUACUAACCGAAGCCAAAUUAGUGAUUUUUUAUAAAAUUUAGAAAAAAGAAGAAAUGCAAGCAAAGCUCUUCAUAAAUACGUCAAUUUCUGACAUAAUCACUUAAUAACAUUUUGUACUUCCUUUUAGAAAUCAAACAUACAUAUAUAAUUAUAAUCAAAUAGAGUUAAUUACACUUUUAAAAUAUAAAGAAAAAGAAAAAAAAGGUAACAAAAAGAAGAACGCAAGUUAAGCAAAUUUAGUAUUCGACUUAAAAGAAAUGGCUUUAAAUUUA